AUGGCGGCCGACCGGCGCCGCACAAAGGCACCUGCUGGCGCGCGGCCGUCUAAAUCAGCGCGCCCGCUGCCGACCCCUGACCCCCCACCCGUCGCCGAGGCACAGUGGCUUUUGUGCCGGUGGUGUCCCGCCCGCGUGGGGAAGCCUGCCCUAGGCAGCCGGCGCCGCCGCCAGUUCGGCUACAAGAUAGUCUUGGCCACUGGCAACGACACAGACCGAGUUCUUGAGCUCAUGCAGCGGACUUUCUUCAAGGACGAGCCGGCGGUCGUUGGAUGCGGAUUAAACCCGAGUAAUCUCAGCGAGGACCUCCAGCGUUAUAUGGUGGGGGACUUGUCGGCCGGCAAGGCGCUGCUGGCCGUGGACGGAGCCGACCGCCUGCUGGGCGUCUGCCUUGGCGGGGAGGUGACGAAGGACUCCCAACAGAAGCUGCUGCAGAAGGCCAACGACUGUGGAGACGAGCGCGCCGCGACGCUCCUGCGCUUCUGGGCGCACCUCGUGCAGGUCUCCAGGCUGCCGGAAGUGCUGGGGGCGUCGCGCUCCUGGGAGGUCGAGAAACUCGCCACGGACCCUGCCGCACGCGGGCGCGGCAUCGCAAAGGAGCUGACAGUGCAGAGCCUUGCGUUGGCGCUCCAGAAGGGGUUCCCCACAGUGUGCGUAUUCUGCACCAGCGAGUUCAGCGGCCGCCUCUGCCGCUCUCUAAAAAUGCGCCACCUCGUGGACUUCCCGUACUCCGAGUACCGCGACCAACAUGGCCGCCAGCUCAUCUCGCCCCCGCCCCCGCACGAGCACGUCAACAUCUACGGCGACGACCUGCGCGCCGGCCACACAUCGACCGCCAACAAAAGCAAGGCGAAGGUAUCCACCGCAAACAGAUAA